UCCUUGACAGAAUUCUGGAGUUGUUGCAUUCAGGAUUUUGAUUACAAGUGUUUGGAAAAGUGUCCUUUAGGCUGUGUUUCAAAUAUACACUGUAUACGUUGGUGCUCUCUAUUAGGAUUGAUAUUGAUAUUUCCGGUCAGUUCUGAAGUGUGUUCGUGUUUUAUUGCGUCACCGUUGCAGAACAAUGUUCAUUGAAGUGUUGGCGUUUUAAUUAUCAGAACAAAGUGGUGUAAAUUCAAGAACAAAAUAGUGAAGUGAGAAAAUAGUAGGAAAAUUGACAUGAGCUUGCCAAGUGGAGUGGAUAUGUCGAACCUUAUGUCCCAGCAUCCCGUCCUCGGGGCUCUCCCGCCUGCAUUCUUCCUUCGUGCUGCUUCUGAACGUUAUCAACGAACACCAAAAUGUGCCAGAUGUAGAAAUCAUGGAGUUGUAAGUGCACUCAAAGGACACAAAAGGUAUUGCCGUUGGCGAGAUUGCGUUUGUGCAAAAUGCACAUUGAUCGCGGAGCGACAACGAGUUAUGGCAGCACAGGUGGCUUUGAGGCGGCAACAAGCACAAGAAGAGAAUGAAGCUCGUGAACUAGGUCUGUUAUAUUCAAGUGUUUCUGGUCAGCCUAAUAGCGCAGAUAAUGUCCCUCAAUCGGCAGGUGUAUUUCAUCCCGGAAUCCCUUCGCCACCUACUGAGCUGGAUAGCAAUCAACGAGUUCAGUUUAGCGGAAACGAAUCAGAUCCCGAAUCACAUCGUAUUCGUUCGGAAAGACUGAAUAUCACGUACUCACCGGAUAGAACUGAUGUCGAUAGUCCAGGUUCAAAACGCGCCCGAAUGUCCAAUGAAACUGAUCAUGAUACUGAAUCCGAAUCGUCACCGAGCAGUCCGCGGCACAAAAAUUCUCUGUUCAAUUUGGCUAAUAAUAUUUCUCCAGCUCGGACGGGUCCACCCAGUUCUCCCGAAUCUGAUCUGGAUGUAGAUUCAGCGCCCGAUGAAGCAACACCAGAGAAUCUAAGCCUUAAAAAGGACGACUCCACAUCACCACCUGCAACACCCGCAGAUAGUCUCAAUCUGCUUCGACAUCCUGUCGGUGGAAAUGGUCAAGGCUUCAUCCCAUAUCAUCAUUCUCAAUACAUGGGUGCAAUACCAAGCCAAAGGUCACCAGUAGAUGUCUUGCUACGAGUCUUCCCCACCAGGAGAAGAAGUGAAGUAGAGCAACUGCUACAGCGGUAUCGUGGUGACGUGGUUUUAGCAAUGGAAGCUAUGCUGUCUGGGGAAGAUGCCAAUCAAAUUGCUAACGUGGCGGCGUCAUCUCCACCCUUCCCAAUUAAGUCAGCUUUUUCACCAUUAGUUCCACCUGCGUUAUUUGGAUCUCCGACCAACCGAUAUCCCUUCAUGCAAGCUCAUGCGAAGCGGUUUCUUACACCCCCUUUUGCUGGGACAGGAUUCAUGUCGACCAUGCUGCAACCCGAAACUGAGCAAUCCGAAUCAAACGGUCCGACAAAUGAACGGUCGAACGGUAACGACCAGUCACAAGAUUAAAUAGAAGCAGGUUCUGAACCUUUCUCCGAAAUAGCCAUAAAUAUAGUCCAAAAUAUACAGAAAAUAUUAAUAUUUAUUUCAAGAUCGAUAAGAGAGAUUUUAAUUAUUAUUACAAUAGGUGUAAGCAUAUGAAGUAUUAUAAAUAGCUAUCCGGCUUUAAUCCAAUCAAUCACAAAUUUUAUUUUGAAGAUAUUCAAAGAGGAACCACAUUGUAAAUAGAUGCUUAUUGAAAUCUUAUAGGAAUAUUAAAGUGUAUGGAAGAUAUAAUGAUUAUUAAUUAAGAAUUCGAAUUAGUUGAAACGAAAGUUGAUCAUGUAUACGAAACUAUUGACAAAUUUAUGAAAAUAUAUUAACUGUAUGGAAAAUAUAAAUAAUUAUAUGAAAUUGAGUCAAAUAAAGGUGCGAAACUUA